AUGUUUGACAUCCCCUACUCUGCCCUUCCCUCCCCUCCCCUUCUCUCCACCUCCUCUGCCCUUUCCUCCCUUUCCUUCUUCUCCUCCCCCCUCUACUCAUCAAUGUGGUCCCCUCCCUUUCCUCUCUCCUCCCUCUCCCUUUCCUCUCCCCUUCUUCUCCCUUUCCUCUCCCCUCCCUCUCCCUUUCCUCUCCCCUCCCUCUCCCUUUCCUCUCCCCUCCCUCUCCCUUUCCUCUCCCCUCCCUCUCCCUUUCCUCUCCCCUUCCUCUCCCCUUCCUCUCCCUUUCCUCUGCCCUUCCUCUGCCCUUUCCUCCCCCCUCCCUCUUACCUUUCCCUCCCUCUACUACGCAAUGUGGUAGCGCGCACCCCUAAGGUUGCAGUGAAGGUCUUCGUAGCCGCGCACCCCUCCCCUAAGAGGAGGGGACCUCUCCCCUAA